CCUCAGCCAUGUCUCGGCAUAGCUCACUCAAGCAACGACGAAUGAUGAACAAUUACACGAGACAGCCUGCUUCUACUUGUCCGUCAACGUGAUUACACCGUCCCAAACUCUCAAGCAGCUCAAGUGUCCCAGCCACCACUGCUCUUUCAAUUGUUACAAUGCGUCUAUUAAAUGUCUCAACUCUUCAGCUGAAAGAAUUCAUCGGACAGGUCCCUCCCUACGCAAUUCUCAGUCACACAUGGACCGAAGAAGAGGUCCUCUACAGCGAUAUUGGCACCCCGACUUCUUCCUCGAAGCAAGGCUACCCUAAACUUGUCGGUUGUUGUAGAAAGGCAGCUCAAGAUGGCUUCGAGUGGGCGUGGAUCGACACUUGCUGUAUUGACAAGUCUAGUAGCGCUGAGCUAUCCGAGGCAAUCAAUUCCAUGUACAAGUGGUACCAAAAAGCGACCGUCUGUUAUGCUUAUUUACAAGAUGUCACCACAGAAACAUCUACCAUUACGGACGUCUUUCAUAUCACAGAGUUCGGCAGAAGCAGGUGGUUCACAAGAGGUUGGACACUUCAGGAACUGAUCGCGCCUCAAAUCGUCGAGCUCUGCUCCAAAGAAUGGACCGUAAUCGGCACAAAAAAGAGUCUCGCUUCAAGUAUAGAAAGUGCCACUGGCAUCCCAAUCACUGUAUUACGUGGUUCCCAUCCUUCAUCAUACAAUGUCGCCGAGCGAAUGUCGUGGGCAUCGGCUCGAACCACAACCAGAGAGGAAGAUCUUGCCUACUGUUUGUUGGGCUUGUUCGAUGUCAACAUGCCUCUUCUCUAUGGCGAAGGAGCCAAGUCAUUUAUCCGACUUCAGGAGCAGAUUCUCCGACAAGAAGAGGACUAUAGCAUGUUUGCAUGGACUCUCCAGCAAGAUAACCCAAUAGCCGAUUCCGAAACCUCCUCUACUGGGUUUCUGGCUUGGUCACCCUCGCAAUUCUCCAAGAAUUCUCUACAUGCUCAAGCUUCAAAGCACACGCAGGACCAGAAGAUGGUCGAUCAUGGUCAUGCAUUUCCUCCCCCUUCUGAGCCUGAGCUUGAUGCGGAGAAACAGAGCAUCGAAUAUCGAGUCCUGCACGAGAAGGAAUAUGGCCGCAUGUUUCGAGGCCAACGUAGCAUCGUUGCGCUGCAGUCAGUCCGAACAAGUCCUCCCGAGUUCACAAGCCGUGGUUUACGUAUCAAUCUGCAUGUUCUGUUCCCUACUGAUCUUCACCUGGCCCCAGUUGCAUGGCUAUCAUAUGAGACAGAGGACAGUCUUGUCUGUGUCCUAAUAGAACGUGACUAUGAGUCGGCGCGACGACGGGUCUAUUGCAGAGUUAAAUCGUUUUCACUUAUCGGUGUGCCCAAGACACUGCUCCCGUAUUUUCGACCUACGGAACUAUUCAUUCGACCCAGUGGCUACUUUGAAGGUUCAAAUGACUUUGACACGAAUCCGCCUUCUUCAAUGCUUUCAUCAAAGCAAUUAAAGAUAUUGGCACAAGUCUCAUCGACAACUACACGCUCCCUCGAUAUUGUCUUGUCUUAUCCAAGUGACAACUGGAUGAAACGACAAACUCCAAUACAUGAGUCCCCAUUCAAGGCUCUCUGGGUUGCCUGUUCACAUGGCUCUCAAUCCUCACUCUUUCGGAUCGACAUUAUGAUAUCAACCGACGAUGCUUCAUGCACUAUUCGAGAACUUUCGCAGUCUAGCAACGACAUCGAUGAGUCUCGUAAGAACGCUCUCUUUCGGGCUUGUGCGCAGUACAAGAAAUCUUUUGUUGCACAUACAGACCGUGCUGUAAAACGAUCUGCUAGGGUUCCAGAGACUGUGUUUUCAGCUGUUCUCCGCAAGAUGCCAACUUCCCAAGAGGACCUUGUGACUUAUGAGCUUCGGGUCGAUGCUUGGGAUAUGGGUGGCUGCCCCAGUUGGGUUCAAUUGAGUUUGUUGCAAGAACAUAAAGAGGUUGACGAGGUGAAGACUCCGUGAUACAUGUUAUGGCGGAUUCAAAGGUGAAUUGGGGAGGACAGGGGGUUACCAUAGGUCCGGCUCUGAACUUGGAAAACCACACAACUAUCCUACUGGUCAUGUAACACGGCGUUCAUGUGCAUCAGAAAUACCUUUGAUGUACUGAUCGUGGAAGUAAAUGUCGAGGAAGUUCAUCUUCAACUUAAACCUAUCAUAAGCUACAUUGGAAGCCUAUUACUACAGUAACUUGGAUGCCGUAUCUCGACAUAGGUUUUGUGGCUCAAAUCGCAGCUAUCAGGUAACAUUUGGAACUGUUGUGGAUCUAUGGAGCUGAGGGCUGUGAAGGGGAGGACGCAGGGAUAAUCUUUU